AUGUACGGCGUGUUCUCUGUGCGUGUGCGUGGCACUAACUCUAACACCUUAAACAUGAGCACAUCGAGGAACCCGCAAGACUAUCGAAACACGGGCAGGCUCAGAAAUACCUGCAGGUCGAGCCCUCUUCUCUUGGAAAAGUCCGAUAUUUCGGUAACUUGCCCCGUCUACCUGUUUCUUCUUAUGUUGAGCACGCCUCCCGUCAGAAACUGGCGCAGGUGUCCACCUCUUAGGGCGGGAAGUCAUGUCCCUUUGCUCGGGUUUCGCGAUGUUUCUCCCAGAGCCCCCGGGCGAAUGGAAACGGUUUGCUAUGAGACGGUGAUAUUCCCCGUGUGGGCUGCGAGUUUUGUAAGUGGCAGAGAACCCCCCACGCACAAUCCACAAGCAAUCGAGAAUGAAACGGGAAUCAUGGCCCACCCCCCUUCAACACCGUGCUACAGCCGCGUCAUGACUUGUGUAGUGCAUUGUAUACGCUGGUAUCACAUGUUAUACAUGUGUUCGUUUCAUAUGUUUCAUCAUAUGACUUCCCGUUUACAUGUACCUCAUCGCGUCCUGUCCUUUGGUGUUUUCCAUAGUAUAGUAAAUAUAUUACACCAUGAUUAUGCACCAUCUUGA